AUGGCACGCCCCAAAGCUCGUAAGCGCAAGGCAGCUUCGGCGGUACUUAUCCCCACACCUACCCCGCGCUCUCAUUCGCUGGUCUCUGGUGACAUUGCUUCGCCGAUCCCCAACCACCCCGCCGGCUACGAGGCCGUUUUAAAGGCCCGUCUCCCUUUAGAACUCAUCUCGGAAAUUGCCUCUUUCACCAGUGGAUCGGCUCUAGUCACGCUCUGCUGCGCGAGCAAGACGUGCGCAGAGAUUUCCGUCACUGCCCUGUACAAGUUCUUGUUUUUCAGGUCACCCACCGUUGCCGCAAAGUGUCUUGAAACCCUCUGCAAGCGACCUGACUACGGCAGUCACGUCAAGUACUUCACCCUCGACUUCACUGCCUGCCAAGAGCUCCCGUCCGACUUCCUCACCCUCUUCAAGCGCGCCGUCGCCAAUCUUCCGAACAUAACCCACAUGUCGAUCGCUCAUAUCCCGGGCAAUAUCCUUCGCGGUGCGCCCUUCCGUCUCGGCGAGCUCGGAUAUAGUGGCAUCUGGGAUCACGAUUUUACGGCGUUCCUCGAAGAGCAGACCUCUAUCCACAGUCUCUGCGUUUUGGACGUUACUCCUUCAGACGGCGUUCUGGCCUCGACCGCGCUCCCUCUCUUGAAAGGGAUCCGCGCGGUGCCCUGGGUCGUGCGGACGCACGUUACGGGGCGGUCGGUGGUGUUCGUGUCCAUUGUCUGCAUACUGGACAGCAACGAAAGUCGGGAGCAGUUCGAGGCAGCGCUGCGGAGCCUCGCCGACGCCGAAACGCCCGCGGAGUGCCUGUCCGUCACUUUUCGCACCCGCACCUUCGCCACCGCGGCCGACAUCACCGGUGCUCUCGCGGUCGCACGAAAGUCGCUCCCUGGCCUCGUCACUCUGGGCGUGAACAUGGUGCACGGACCACCGAUGGACCAGAGCUUCUUCUCCACCUUCGCGGACUACAUCGCGGGCUUCGAGAGGCUGCGCGGCCUCUUCUUCAACGAAGCCAGCGCCCACACCUCCAUGGUGCUCCCCAGCCCGGUGCAGACGCUCCGCUACCUGCACCUCCUCGAGCGCCGCUGCCGCACGCUGCGCACCGUGGGCCUCACGCCCCAACACACCCAGGUGCUCUUCCAACCCAGGCGGUGGGUGAACGCCGCGGACAUCCCCGGCCUCUACGAGCGCAACCCGGACGCGUUCGAAGAGGCGCUCCUCCGCACGCGGCACUUGCGAUCUGAACAUGGGUAG